CUUGAUUGAGCCUCCGCCGCAGAAAACUUCGACAUGAGUGGAAGCGUUGGCGGCGCGACGAUGUCUCUAGGGGACUUGGACGUCGGGACGCUUGAUGCGUGGUGUGAGAAGCUGCUCACGUGCCAGCCACUCAGUGAACCAGAGGUUGUCCGUCUUUGUGCCCGUGCCAAGGAAGUAUUGCGGAACGAGUCGAACGUUCAGCCGGUUCGAUGCCCUGUCACGGUCUGCGGCGACGUCCACGGCCAAUUCCACGACCUCAUGGAGUUGUUUCGCAUCGGAGGUCAUGCUCCCGACACAAACUACUUGUUUAUGGGAGACUACGUUGACCGAGGGUACUAUUCCGUGGAGACGGUGACGUUGCUUGUGGCUCUCAAAGUCCGGUACAAGGACCGCGUUUUCAUCCUUCGUGGGAACCACGAGAGUCGGCAGAUCACACAAGUGUAUGGGUUCUACGAUGAGUGCUUGCGCAAGUACGGCACGCCGAACGUGUGGCGUCAGUUCACGGAAGUGUUUGACUAUUUACCAUUGACGGCGGUUGUCGAGAACCAGAUCUUUUGCUUGCAUGGCGGGCUGUCUCCUUCGAUCGACACGUUGGACCACAUUCGCGCUCUGGACCGGGUGCAAGAAGUGCCGCACGAGGGGCCAAUGUGCGAUCUGUUGUGGAGCGACCCGGACGACCGAUCGGGGUGGGGCAUUUCGCCCCGCGGGGCCGGAUACACUUUUGGUCAGGACAUUUCCGACCAAUUCAACCAUGCGAACGGCCUCACGCUGGUUUCCCGCGCACACCAACUCGUCAUGGAGGUCCGUUGACGUUCCGUCUCGCCACCGAUCUGACGACCGUGGAUGGCUCAGGGGUACAACUGGUCGCACAAAAUGAACGUCGUCACCAUUUUCUCGGCGCCCAACUACUGCUAUCGCUGUGGCAACGAAGCGGCCAUCAUGGAGAUCGACGAGCAGAUGCAGUAUACCUUGUACGUACGCUCCUGUCUUCCUUCUCGAGCUCAUCCAUGUCGAUGUGCAGCUUGCAAUUUGACCCAGCGCCACGCCGCGGUGAGCCGCAUGUGAGUCGGCGAACUCCCGACUAUUUCUUAUAGACAGCAUCCCCCGUGAAUAUGACGACUCCUCGCGUACUUCAGUUUGUCGUCGUGUGCCUUCCACACGUCCAAACCAUGGGCGGUAUUGCCAAGUUCGUGCCACUUGAGCU